AUCCUCUCUGGCUAUUAUGCUCUCCUUUAUAUGUAAAAAUGAUAAUUGAUGUUUCAAUAGUUAUUCAUUAAUCACCCCAUAUAAAUCCUCUGCGAUAUCUCCAUCUAAAAUUACUAUUACACAGUGCGACGGUGAGAUAUUUUUUGUACUGUCAUCACAUGAGAACGCAUCCUACUACUCACCGCUCAGUGCUUUUUUUUUUUAAUAAAGGAUAUUUAUUGUGCAUUCGCCAAUACAUAAAAAAAAAAUAUUGCCAAGAUUGCGGAGUAUAUGAGUCCGACCUUGAGGAGCUUCUCACUCCACUGUUAAAAUCACAUUGGAAUGGAUUUGAAUGGGUCCAGUGGAUUGUGAAAGAAUCGUAGUGGUGAAGUACAGCGGACUCGGUGAAUUUUUCUCCAUGAAUAGAGUAGUAGAGGUACUGCUCAAUAACUCCGAUCCACGGUGGUUUCAUACGUCUGAUAAUAUCAUAUAAAAUGGGCUCAUUCCACUCGACUUGAGAUGACUCGGAGAUGUGAAGAUUUUCUCAAUUACUGCACCCUUGGAAUGUGAUAAUAGUGCUACUCAGCAUGAAACGAAACGUAGUUAGUCUAAUAAAAUUCAUUUCACUCGCGGCGAUCACAGUGAUUAUUACUGUUAUCGUAUUUCGCUAUGUGAGAAGCGGCAAAAUCAUCAACGCCCGGGGACCACAUUCUCUACAACUCCACAAUUACCCGCAACACCAGCAAAUCGAGAAAGAAAUGGGAGAGACUGAGGAGAAAAUGGACUGGCAUGACUUAAAAAUGAUAAACACAGAGUCGAAAAGAAGGGGGAUUGGUGAGCAAGGUCGAGCAGGUUCGCUGCCGGCAUCGUUGUCCUCCUUGGAGGGAAGCUUGUACCAAGUAAACGGGUUCAAUGGUGCCCUGAGCGAUCUGAUCGCCCUGAACCGUUCGAUCCCUGACAUCCGCCACCCAGACUGCCGCCGAAAGAAAUACUUUCGCCGUUUGCCAUCGGUUUCAGUUAUAGUCUCCUUUCACAAUGAGCACCUGUCGACACUCCUGCGCACCUGCUGGAGUGUCGUCAAUCGUUCGCCAGUCUCUCUCCUGGAGGAGAUAAUCCUGGUGGAUGACGCGAGCACAAAGCCAGAGCUUCAGAUAAAACUAGACGAUUACGUCGCGAAACAUCUGCCUCUCGUUAAGAUAAUCCGCCUGGGAGUGCGUUCAGGUUUGAUAAGAGGGCGGCUAGCAGGUGCCAAAGCAGCCAAGGCUCAAGUUCUGGUAUUCCUCGAUUCACACACAGAGGCCAAUGUCAACUGGCUGCCGCCCCUGUUAGAGCCCAUCGCCGAGGACUACAGGACUUGCGUUUGUCCCUUCAUUGAUGUAAUAGCCUUCGAUACGUUUGAGUACAGGGCCCAGGACGAGGGUGCUAGGGGAGCUUUUGAUUGGGAGUUGUACUACAAACGUCUCCCGCUCCUACAUGACGAUUUGAAGCAUCCGGCGGAGCCCUUCAAAUCGCCGGUGAUGGCUGGAGGACUAUUUGCCAUCACAGCGAGAUUCUUCUGGGAGCUGGGUGGUUACGAUCCAGGUCUUGAUAUCUGGGGGGGUGAGCAGUAUGAAUUAUCUUUCAAGAUAUGGCAGUGCGGCGGCCAGAUGCUUGACGCGCCUUGCUCCAGAGUCGGUCACAUCUAUAGAAAGUUUCCACCGUUUCCCAAUCCCGGCAGGGGUGAUUUUUUGGGAAAGAACUACAAGAGAGUCGCGGAGGUGUGGAUGGACGAGUACAAAGAGUUUAUUUACAGGAGAAGAAGCCAUUUGAGGGCCCUAGAUCCUGGAGAUCUGGGAGAGCAGAAGGCCCUCAGGGAGAGACUACACUGCAAAUCGUUCAAGUGGUUCAUGGAGAAGAUCGCCUUUGAUCUCGUUGAGUACUACCCACCCAUCGAGCCUGAUGACUUUGCGUCCGGGGAAAUCAGGAAUGUGGGGGCACCUGAGAUGUGUCUCGAUGCCAAGAAGAGAAAGAAGGACGAGCUUGUCAUGUUGGACUCUUGUGUCAGAGACUUGGGCAAGAAUAACGGUGAUUUUGAGCAAGAAUUUCGAAUGACCUGGCAUAAAGACCUCAGACUCAAGGGCAGGACUGACUGUCUCGAUGUCUCGAGCGGGGAGCUCAAGGCUCCUGUUACGCUCUAUCCCUGUCAUGGCAAGCAUGGCAACCAGAGGUGGAAGUAUGAUAUCGAGAAACAGUGGAUCAUGCACGGCAAUGCCCAGAGAUGCCUCGAUGCUGAGCCCGGGGCCAAGAGGGUUUACGUUACUGCCUGUGAUUCUGACAGUGCCACACAAAAGUGGAGGAUUCAGGAGGUCAACAUGAAGGCUAUUAAUGACUGGGAUAAUGUGGGACCCAAUUUCGCAUGAGUUUUUACUAGUCAGUCGGGAAUUAUGAGGCUGUCAUGGGGGAAAAUACUUUUAAUUGUACACGUUGAAUUUUAGCAACGAAUUCCAGGCAUCAUUCCAACACUAGAGAUUAUAGCCAUUAUAUAAAAAUCAGGCUUCCUAUCAUA